GCCGAAAAGAGACGAACAUCGGGGCGAUGGACCGCUGCUGGACUCUGUGUGAGGAGUCGGGGUAAUAACUUUCUCAAACUGAGGACGAAACGUUUUGGAAAAUACCACGAACACUUUUGCUCCAACUUCGUCGGAGAGAGGUGGUGGAGUGGUUGUCAUGGUGGAUAAAAUGUCAAGUUUCCUGCACAUUGGGGAUGUUUGCUCCCUUUAUGCUGAAGGCUCUACCAGUGGCUUCAUAAGCACUUUGGGGUUGGUUGAUGACCGAUGUGUUGUCCAACCAGAUGCAGGGGACCUGAACAACCCACCCAAGAAGUUCAGGGACUGUCUGUUCAGACUGUGUCCCAUGAACAGAUAUUCUGCACAGAAACAGUUCUGGAAAGCUGCCAAACCUGGAGGAACCAGCACCACGGAGACUGUUCUGCUCAACAAACUCCAUCAUGCUGCUGAUUUAGAAAAGAAACAAAAUGAAUCAGAGAACAAAAAGCUUUUAGGAACAGUCAUUCAGUAUGGCAAUGUCAUCCAGCUUCUCCAUUUGAAGAGUAAUAAGUAUCUGACGGUAAAUAAGCGUUUACCAGCUCUUCUUGAGAAGAACGCCAUGCGUGUAACCUUGGACGCUGCAGGGAAUGAAGGCUCAUGGUUCUACAUCCAGCCUUUCUAUAAGCUCCGCUCUAUUGGAGACAAUGUGGUUAUUGGAGAUAAGGUUGUGUUAAACCCAGUCAAUGCUGGACAGCCACUUCAUGCCAGUAGCCAUCAGCUUGUUGAUAAUCCAGGAUGCAAUGAAGUGAAUUCAGUGAACUGCACCACCAGUUGGAAAAUUGUUCUCUUCAUGAAAUGGAGCGACAACCAGGAGGUUGUCUUGAAAGGAGGUGAUGUGGUGAGGCUGUUCCAUGCAGAGCAGGAGAAGUUUCUGACAUGCGACGAACACAGAAAAAAGCAGUAUGUCUUUUUGUGUACCACCGGGCGCCAGUCUGCAACCUCUGCCACUAGUAGCAAAGCACUCUGGGAGGUUGAGGUGGUUCAGCAUGAUCCCUGCAGAGGCGGAGCCGGCUACUGGAACAGUCUCUUCAGGUUCAAACAUCUGGCCACUGGCCAUUACCUUGCUGCAGAGCUGGAUUCAGAGCAGGAAGUGAUGCGUGCACGUGUACGCAACCCUCAGGACAAAGUUAUGUACACAUUGGUGUCCGUUCCUGAUGGCAAUGACAUACCAUCGAUCUUUGAGCUUGACCCCACUACCCUGAGAGGAGGAGACUCACUUGUGCCAAGAAACUCAUAUGUGAGGCUCAGGCAUCUCUGCACCAAUACAUGGGUUCACAGCACCAACCAGCCAAUAGAUAAAGAGGAAGAGAAACCGGUCAUGCUCAGAGUGAGUUUCUUUCUAUCAGGAGGAACAUCUCCUCUGAAGGAAGAUAAAGAGGCGUUUGCUAUAGUGCCAGUUUCUCCAGCUGAGGUUCGCGAUUUGGACUUUGCUAAUGAUGCUAGUAAAGUCUUAGCUUCCAUUGCAGCCAAACUGGAGAAGGGCACCAUCACCCAGAAUGAGAGGAGGUCAGUGACAAAGCUUCUGGAGGAUCUGGUGUAUUUUGUGGUGGACAUUCCAAGCAGUGCUCAGGAUGUGCUGGAGAUCACAGUCAACAAACCUAACAGAGAGCGGCAGAAACUCAUGAGAGAGCAGAACAUACUCAAACAGAUAUUCAAGCUGCUGCAGGCCCCAUUCACUGAUAGUGGGGACGGCCCUAUGUUGCGUCUGGAAGAGCUCGCAGACCAACGUCACGCACCCUUCCGUCACAUCUGUCGGCUCUGCUACAGAGUCCUACGUCACUCACAACAGGACUAUCGCAAAAAUCAGGAGUACAUAGCAAAGCAGUUCCGCUUCAUGCAAAAGCAGAUAGGAUAUGAUGUGCUUGCUGAAGACACUAUUACAGCUCUGCUGCACAACAACAGGAAGCUUCUAGAGAAACACAUCACUGCAGCUGAGAUAGACACCUUCGUCAGCCUGGUCCGCAAGAACAGAGAGCCCAGAUUUCUGGACUACUUGUCAGAUUUGUGUGUGUCUAUGAAUAAAUCCAUCCCUGUCACUCAAGAACUCAUCUGUAAUGCUGUGCUGGACCCAGCAAAUGCAGACAUCCUCAUCGAAACCAAAGUACACUGA